CCGGGUGGUGGUUCGCGUUCCGGGUUGGCCGAGCCGCGAGAGCGACCUCUCCUCCUCAACCUCUUCUCCUCUCCUCCUCCUCCUCCUCCUCGUCGUCUCCGCAUCGCCUCCCCAGCUGCGGAAAGGCUCCCCCUUUCCGGCCUCCCCUGCUGGUUCUUGGGGGGAGAUUCUUUGGUUGCUGCUAAGAGAGAAAGAGGCCAAGUAGUAUAUCACCAGUGAGUUAAGGAGAAUGGCAGGCGUUGGCACUCAACCGAGCCUCAGGAAGUACCUUGGAGCCCUCAAGGACACAACAACUGUGAGCUUGGCAAAAGUGAACAGUGAUUAUAAGGAAUUGGAUAUUGCAAUUGUGAAGGCUACAAACCAUGUUGAGCGUCCAUCAAAGGAGAAGUACAUAAGAGAAAUUUUUUAUUCCAUUUCUGCUUCAAGGCCACGAGCAGACGUAGCUUACUGCAUCCAUGCCCUUGCAAGACGUCUUUCAAAGACACGCAAUUGGGCGGUUGCAUUGAAGACAUUAAUUGUAAUACAUCGUGCUCUUCGAGAGGUUGAUCCCACUUUUCGUGAAGAGCUUAUCAAUUAUGGCAGAUCUAGAUCCCAUAUGCUAAACUUGGCCUACUUUAAGGACGAUUCUAGUGCAGGAGCUUGGGAUUUUUCUGCAUGGAUACGCACUUAUGCUUUAUAUUUAGAAGAGAGACUUGAAUGCUUCAGAGUGCUGAAGUAUGAUGUGGAGACAGAUCCUCCAAGAACUCGGGAUCUUGAAACUGGAGAUUUGCUUGACCAUCUGCCAGCAUUGCAGCAACUUCUCUUUCGGCUCCUUGCUUGCCAGCCACAAGGGGCAUCAUCUUACAAUGUCAUAAUCCAGCAUGCACUUUCAAUGGUUGCUCUGGAAAGUGUGAAGAUCUACACUGCUAUUAGUGAUGGUACAAUUAAUCUGGUUGACAAGUUCUUUGAGAUGCAAAGAAAUGAUGCUGUUAGGGCACUUGAUGUAUACAAAAGAGCAACAAAACAGGCUGAAAGACUCUCAGAAUUUUAUGAAGUGUGUAAAACAAUACACAUUGGGCGUGGUGAGAAGUUCUUGAAAAUCGAACAGCCUCCAGCUUCAUUCUUACAGACCAUGGAGGAAUAUGUGACCGAAGCUCCCACAGUAGCUCAAAAAGAUAAGGUACUGGCAAUUGAAUACAAAAAAGAGGCAGAGGACGAAGAAAAGCCGGCCUCACCUCCUCCUGCCCCUGAGCCUGAACCGGAACAAGAACCAGAGCCAGAGCCUGAACCAGUAAAAGAGGAAGCACCUAUAGAGGAGCCUGACUUGCUGGGUCUGAAUGAACCCAACCCUGCUGCAGCAGAGAUAGAAGAGAAGAAUGCUUUAGCCCUUGCAAUUGUUCCGAUUGAUGAUGCACCUAAAGCUGCUCCUGCUCAAAAUGGAGUCACUGGCUGGGAACUGGCGCUCGUCGCUACACCCAGCUCAAACGAAACUGCUAUUACUUCAAGCAAGAAACUGGCUGGUGGGCUGGACUUGCUCACGCUGGACAGCUUGUACGACGACGCGAACCGGCGAGCGAGCCAGCCGACGAGCUACAACCCAUGGGAGGUCAACCCCGGCGCCGGCGCCCCGAUGAUGCAGCAGCCGAUGAUGAACGACCCGUUCUACGCCUCCAGCGGCUACGCGGCGCCGCACAACGUGCAGAUGGCCGCCAUGGCGCAGCAGCAGCAGGCGUUCAUGCUCCAGCAGCAGAUGAUGAUGGCCGCCGCCGCCGCCGCCGCCGUCCCGCCUCCUCAGGUCCACCACCACCAGCAGCAGCAGCACCUCCAGGCCAACCCGGCGAACCCGUUCGGCAACCCGUUCGCCCCCGCCGCCGUACACCCGUACGGCGCCGCCGCCGCCGGCGCCGGCAACGGCUACAUGGGGCUGAUAUGAUCGCCGCCAGCUCGCCAGCUCAGCUCCGGCGAUGCCGAUCAAACUACUCUCCAAGUCCAUUCUUUUUUUGCUCAAUUUCUUCUAGCUUUCUCUCUCGUUGCCAUUGUUGAUGGUUUGUAGCACAGGUAGAAGAAGGUGUUCGUCCGAUUCGGACACGUUGCACGUAGGCGUUUGGGGGGUAAUGUACGUAUACGUAUGCGUGCUUGUAUGUAUAUGGGUAUUUCUUUUAUUUUAUUUUAUUUUAUUUUAUACACAUGUGCAGGUGGGUGAUUGGGGAUUAAGAUUGGAUUAUUCAUGGACGUUGAGUACGAUUACUACAUAAUAAUCGAUGUGUCAAUUCUUUGUAGUAUAAUACUACUGGUUCUCGUUUGUUCCAGAAUUAAUUUGUAUUAUACUCUCUCGGUCCAUUCUAAAUACUCGUUCUGUCCUAAGAUGCAACUAUCAUUAA